UUCCCAAAAUGGAGGGUAUAGAGUCAGCGGAACUAGAAGUUCAGCAUACAAAAUAUUUACGCAAACGUAUUUCUGACGUUCUAAGUCUUGACAAAUCAAGUAAACAUCUAAGAUCGGAACUAGAGAGCUAUUGUGAUGAGACAAAUCAACGGAUACCAUUUCGUUUGGUCAAGAAAGUAUAUGAAAUCCUGAAUGAAGACGGAGAAAAGAUUUAUCUUCACGAGCUUAUGCAAGGGAGUGAAGUGUGUCUUCCAACAGUCAAGUUGCCACCAAGGAAUCCUGAACUCGAGGCGAGAAUACAGAAGCUGAAAGCUGAACAAUCUAACAGGGAGUACCGACACAUGACUCGGAAUAUUGACAGACAGAAGGAUGGUCAGCUAGAUCUGAAUGUUGGACAAGAGGUGAAAGCAUUAAAUCGCCAUCUGGUGGCCGUCUUCAACUUCCUUGUGACAGUGGGAGGAGCCUUUGCUUUCGGCUACAAAGCUUCGGAGUACGCUCUCGGACCAAACUUCUUCCCCGUGCAAAUGAUGACUGGGUUGAUAUUCGGGACAGUGGUGUUUUUUGCUGACCUCUACUUCCUGGUGAAAUAUUCUGGAGAUUGACAAACAAUUCAUGGUGUCAUAACAUUUCCUGUAUAUAAAUAUAUACAUACAUACAUAUAUAUAUAUGCUCUCUGAAUAUUUACAUAAGACAAUAUGAACAAAUGGUAUUAAUGGUAGUUCGUAUACUUUUUGUGUGAAGAAACCAAAUAUGUGUUGGGUAUGUAUUCAGAUUAUUGUUAUCAUUUCAUCAAACAUAAAAUCAUCUCAUGAUUUAAUGACCAAGGCACAAUCAGUAACCACAAAGAUGCAUUCCCACUUAAGUUGACUUUCUUUUAUUGAAUACAAUAUUAAAAUACUUUAUUAAAGCUCAUCUGAAAGUAA